GUGAGAACAGGAUGCGGGGCAGAUGAGGUAGGACUAUUGGAAUGGCGGUGACUUCGGUGGGACCCAGUAGAGGAAAAACAAAAGUCCGAGAGCAUCGGCCACGUCAGAAGCGAAGGCGACGUUGAGGAGCUGGGACCCACAUCAAACAUUUUUCCAGGCCCUAUUAGUAAUUUUACUUCUACCGUACAGGUCUACUAAUAUACUCUCCGCGGUUAGCACACCACAGCCCGGCCAGUAGCCGCUGGGUUCGAGUCUUGGGGGGUGGGGGAAAAGGAUGCCUGGGGGCAUAACAAAAAAAAAAAAUAUAUAUAUAUAUAUAUAUAUACUCUCCGCGACUAUCCGCCACAUCAAUCACCCACCCACUCUCACUCACAUGCUCUUUUUUAUUUCCUUCUUAAUGGCUCUUUGAGAGACUCCCAAAUAGAAAUGGAUUCCACCGCCUAUCGCCACCGGCGGUCGCCCGCCUCGGACCGAUUCCUCACCAUCUUCUCCUUCUCACCACCAUCCUCUGCGAUAGCCACCGGUGGCGACGAGCUCGUCGAAGCCGAAGUGUUUUGGACCAACGACUUCAUCGAACAGAACCAGAACCAGAACCCCCAUGGUUCGACCCUCUCUCGCUCUUCCUCUAACCUUCAUAGCUUUGACGUAGAUCAUCCAAAGAACUCUGGAAUUCUUGCAGUACUGCCUGAACCACCCGAUCAUGGCCCACAAACCACCCUGUACCACAAACCCUCACUCUCAUCGUCGUCGAGGCUGAUUCCGGUGAUACCUAGGCCUCCUCAGAAUCAGGGCUCGCAAGAUAAAGACUAUUCCCAGUCUGCGCCGUCCGCGAAGUUCCACAAGUCGGCUCCCAUGAACGUCCCUGUGCUCUCCAAGGCCAUGGAAACGCCAAGAAAGACACAGAUUUUUUUUGUGGAUGACGACGAUGGUGACGAUGAGAUUUUGCCCCCACACGAGAUCGUUGCUAGGGGUUCUGGUAUGUCACCCAAGACGACUUUUUCGGUGCUUGAAGGCGUUGGGAGGACUCUCAAAGGGAGGGAUCUGCGUCAGGUGAGGAAUGCUAUUUGGCGCAAAACUGGCUUUCUUGAUUAGAUAAUUUUUGGGUUCUAUAUAAGAAAGUCUUUGUUUUGUUUUUUUUUUUUUUUUUUUCCCCCCUUGAGAUCAUGUUUAGGUUAUAGUGUUUGUUUUUUUUAUGCAAUAUAUAGUUGGUUUAUGAGAACUUGAGAAGUCCUGUGGGUUUAAUGAGGGUCUGAGGAAAAUUGUCGGUCAAAAUGGAUACCAAUUUCUUGUAUCGAAUCACUCAUUCUGGAGAACGAAUCUUAUAUAAUGAAAUGAAAUUUUCUUCUUUAAUAAAUAA